AUGCGCAGCGACUUUAUCGGCGGCGCCAUUGCCAUUCUCUCGGCGUUCCUCUCGAUCUUUGGCGUGAACCUGCAAAAGUACUCGCACGACAAAGAAGAGCUCCGCGCCGUCCCGCGGCCCUACACGAUGCGGCCCAUCUGGUGGGUCGGUAUGGUCUGCGUCGUCGCCGCGUCGCUCGGGGACUUUCUCGCGCUCGGGUUUGCGCCCCAGACGCUCGUGGCGUCGCUCGGGGGCGGCUCGACGAUCUUGGGCAACUGCCUCAUGUCGCACUUUUGGCUCCAGCAGAGCCUCUACGUGACGGACAUUGUCGGCGUUGCGGUCGUGUCGCUCGGCGUUGUAGUGCUCGCGGCCGCCAGCGAAGGCGACGCGGGCCACUACGAGAUGGAGCAGAUCUACGAGCUCAUGGCGGCCGCGCCGUUCAUUCUCUACGCGCUCAUUACGACGGCGUUCACCAUGACGCUGUACAUGCGCGCGCGGCGGUCGAAAGCGCCGGCGCUGCGCGUCGCGAGCACGGACAAGGACGACGCGCGGGUGGACGACGUGCAGGAGAAGAAGCGGCAGCUCGCAGCGGCCUCGAGCCGUCGCGACGCGGCCAAUCAGACGACGACAAGAGCGACAACGACUGAGCCGAAACCAGCGCUGGUCGACGACGCGGUGGCGCUCGAGGAGACGAAACCGAUGCGCCGCGGGGCGUUCAUGUCGCCGUUCCCGUCGCCAAUCUUUGGGGACCACUUGUCGCUCUCGCCCAUGGGCACGCACCGCCUCGGGAGCGACGAGGACGACCACUUGGAAGAGAUAGAGCUGUCGAGCUGCAAAGUGGGCAAGUACGACGAGAGUGAGAUUGAGAAGCAGACGCUGAUCAUUGACCCCAAGUUGCCGCUCUACUGGGCCGCGAUCUCGGGCACGAUUGGCGGCCAGUCGGUGUUGCUGGCCAAGUGCGUCGUGGAGCUCAUUUCGUCGACCGUGUCGGGCGACAACCAGUUUCUGUACUUUGGCACGUACGUGCUGUGUCUCGGCAUGGCGGCCACGCUGUUGACGCAGACGCACACGCUCAAUCUCGCGACCAUGACGGGGGACACCAUGUCGUCGUACCCGGUGUUCCAGGGCUUUUGGAUCACCAUGAGCAACAUCAGCGGCGUCGUCUUUUUCCAGCAGGCGCACAGCUUUACCAAGACGCAGUGGAUCAUGUUCCCGACUGCUAUUGCACUGGUGGCCCUGGGCAUCUACCUGGUCUCGAAGCACGAGAAGUUUGGCCAUCUCGUCAAGUACUCGAUCGCGAUGCCCAUCAGCCUUAGCAGUCCCCGUCAGCACGACAUUGUGGCGCAGUCGUUUGUCUUUCGCGUGUCGACGCCGCAGAAACUGCACGAAGACGACUAUGCGAGCAGCACGGAAAGCAGCAGCCCGGACGAGCACUCGAGACGGGCGUUGGAAGUAGUAUAA